CCCCCCCCCUUCGGGCGUGCCUCGGUGACGUCACCGCGCCGCUCCGCCGCAGCCGCAGCUCAGGCCGCCGCCACCCGGAGCCGCCGCCGGCAGCCGCGCCCGGCCCGGCCGCCAUGCCCUCGGACCGGCCCUUCAAGCAGCGCCGCACCUUCGCGGAUCGUUGUAAAGAAGUACAGCAGAUCCGAGAGCAGCAUCCAAACAAAAUCCCGGUCAUCAUCGAACGCUAUAAAGGGGAGAAACAGCUCCCGGUGCUGGACAAGACCAAGUUCCUUGUCCCAGACCAUGUCAACAUGAGUGAAUUGGUCAAAAUAAUCCGGCGUCGCCUGCAGCUGAAUCCCACCCAGGCGUUCUUCCUGCUGGUGAACCAGCACAGCAUGGUGAGCGUGUCCACCCCCAUCUCGGAGAUCUACGAGCAGGAGAAGGAUGAGGAUGGCUUCCUCUACAUGGUCUAUGCGUCCCAGGAGACCUUUGGCUACUGAGGCCUGCUGAGAGGUGGCAUGUGGAGACAGAUGAACUGUGGCACAUGGGCCCCGGCUUUGGAAGAUGACACAACCAGAGGCUCACGAGAGGGGGGUUGUGCUGACCCCUCUUCCCUCCCUCCCCUUCCCAUCACCGAAGAGGCUCGUGGCGUGUGGUGGACUAGCACAACCCUUCAGCUCUGUGUACAUUAGUCCCGCUCCCUCCACACACACGCACCCACGUGCAGACACCCAAGCGUGCACGUGGGGCCUCAGCUCCCCGUCCUGUCCCCUCCGUGUCACCCCAGCUGCUCUCGCUGUGCUCCAUGGCUUUGUAACCCACUGCCAAGACAGUCCGGCCGGUGAUGGAGAGGGGACAGGACACUGUCGCCUUCGCUGGCAGCACAGGGAGAGCCGCCUCUCCUCCGAUACACUAACAACGGGCAGGAGGUGUGCAAAAGCAGCAAACAGAUGUUACCAUUGCUCCCGACUUUUAAUUGAUUUUAAUUACACCCAUAUCAGAUUCUUGGUGCUACUGAGUAGAUGUAGGCGUCUCUAUAGGACUGUGGAUAAUGUAUAUCCUUUAGAUAUAUUUUAUUGGGUUUUGUUUGUUUGUUUGGGUUGGUUUUUUUAGGGAUAGAUUGGAAUGGGGAGAGGGGGUAAUCUUUCCUGUAUCUGUAGGUAAAUAAAUCAGGCUUCAUUGCACUUUAAAGCAUAGUAGAUGUCAGAGUGGAACUUAAUUUAUACAUGUCGCCGUAUAAAGUGCUGCUCCUCUGUUGACAGUUGUACCUAGAUUGUCUUAUUUUUGGGGUUUUUUUUUAGUAAAAUUGGUUUCCUUUCUGUCUCCCCAUUGCAUGCAACUUUACAGUCUCAGUGUGGCAAAGAGUUCGCUCAAGGAAUGUACUGAUUUAUACUUGCUAUGUUCCCUUUCCUGUUUCUCAUGUAUUAUACCAAAACAAUGUAUAUGAUAAAAUCCCACCCAGUUUAAUCUAUACAAAGGUAUAUAUAUAUAAAUAUAUAUAUAUAAAAUAAACAUAAAUUCAA